CAACCUAAACAUUAAACUCAUUAACCAACAAAUACAGACACACACCAAAACAAAAACCUAAACAAAAACAAAAAUUCAGACAGAGAGACAAACCCCAGAUCCUUGGAUGAGGAGGAUCCCCUCAACAACCUCCACCACCACCGCCUGCACCAAAUCUAUGUCCCUCUCUCUUUCAUUCUCUUUUCAACAACGACCCAGGAAAAUAUUCUCUCUCUCUCUCUCUCUCUCUCUCUCUCUCUCUGUCCCUGUGACUAUCAACCUUUGUUGAUUGAAAGCUAAGUCUCUCUGAUACAAACCCACAAACACAAAGUGUGCAUGUGAAGACAAUCACGAUACCCACACAAUGGGUAUCUUCAACACCCAGCAAAAUCCAUACCUCUUCUGCCUUUCUUCAACCCCCAUCAUUUCGGCUUCUUUAUGAUCUCUGUAUAUGAGCUGCUUUUGACAAGCUGCGCCUUUGGUGCAAUGUGGCUUCAAUUGGUGCAUUUCUAGGUUUUUUCUUUUGGAUCUCCUAGAAAUGGCUCUGUUUAGGAAGUUCUUCUACCGCAAACCGCCUGACGGCCUUCUGGAAAUAUCUGAAAGGGUUUAUGUCUUUGAUUCCUGCUUUACUACGGACGUUUUGGAAGAUGAUGAAUAUAAAGUCUACAUAGGAAACGUAGUGAGUCAACUCCGUGACUACUUUCCAGACUCUUCAUUCAUGGUCUUCAAUUUUCGAGAGGGAGAGAAACAAAGCCAAAUUGGGAGCUUAUUAUCCGACUAUGAUAUGACUGUAAUGGACUAUCCUCAUCAUUAUGAGGGUUGCCCAUUGCUCACAAUGGAGAUGAUCCACCACUUUCUCAGAUCAAGUGAAAGCUGGCUGUCACUUCUGCAACAAAACGUGCUUUUGAUGAAUUGCGAACAAGGUGGAUGGCCAGUUUUGGCUUUUAUGCUUGCUGCACUCUUGAUAUAUAGGAAGCAAUUCACUGGCGAGCAGAAAACUCUAGACAUGAUUUACAAGCAAGCACCUAGAGAGUUUUUGCAGCUGAUGUCACCCCUCAAUCCAUUGCCUUCACAACUGAGGUACCUACAGUAUAUAUCAAGAAGGAAUGUGGGCUCACAGUGGCCUCCACUGGAUAGGGCACUUACACUGGACUGCGUUAUUCUUAGAGUUAUUCCCAAUAUGGAUGAAGAGGGGGGUUGCCGUCCAAUAUUUAGAAUUUAUGGUCAGGACCCUUUAAUGGUUGCUGAUCGAACUCCCAAAGUUCUUUUCUCAAGACCAAAAAGGAGCAAACUUGUUCGGCAUUACAAGCAGGAAGUUUGUGAUUUAAUUAAAAUAGACAUUCAUUGUCAUAUUCAAGGGGAUAUUGUGAUGGAGUGUAUUAGUGUCGACAGUGAUUUGGAAAGGGAACAGAUGAUGUUCCGUGUCAUGUUCAAUACAGCCUUUAUAAGAUCAAAUAUAUUGAUGCUGAACCGUGAUGAAAUUGACACGCCAUGGAAUCUUAAAGAUCAAUUCCCGAAGGACUUCAGAGCUGAGGUUCUUUUUUCAGAGAUGGAUUCUGCUUCAUCUCGUGCUUCAAUUGAUUUGCCGGGUUUGGAGGAGAAAGGUGGCCUUCCUGAGGAAGCUUUUGCUAAAGUUCAAGAGAUUUUCUGCAAUGUGGACUGGCUAGAUACAAAACCAGAUGUGGCAUUAAAUGUGCUUCAGCAUAUAACUACAAUCCAAGAAAAUUUGGAGGCUGUUUCUCCAAGGAAGGCAGAAAAAGGCAGUAUGGUUUUUGAAAAGGUUCAAGAUGAAAUGAAGUUAAAUGAAGAGAAAAAGUGUGGGAGUACCACAUCCACUAGUAUGUGGGAACUACCUUUAAAUUCAAAUUCAAUUAUGGAGAAGAUUGAGCCCCAAGAACCAAAGAUUGCUCUCCAAUGGGCUAAACAAUCUAAGAUCUUAUCCCCACGACUGUCAAAGGCUUCACGAUCUUCUCCAUAUCAAAGCACCCCCUCAACCCUUGGCAUUUCAGCUGUGCUGCAUGAUCAUGCUGCAUCUAAUGAUGAGGAGGCCAUGCGCUCAUUGACAUUAACAUCCUCAACAAUUUCAUCUCCUCUCCCAAAUGUACAGAAAUCUGUGCAGCUCAGCCGUGUUUCUCAUAUAAGGUUGUCAUCACCGCCACCACCAUCGUCUUCUACUUCAAUGCAAUGUUCCAUUGAGGGUGCCACAUCUCUAGAAAAAAUUUCUGCUGCCAAAUGUCCACUUCAAUCAACUUCAAAAGCAACAAAAUCUUCUCCUCAAUGUUCAUAUCCUUCUGCCUAUGAGAGUUCAUCCUUCACGCCCCCACCCCCUCCCCCUCCUCCUCCAUGUUCAGUGGAAUCACCAUCACCUAGAGAAAGGAAAUUGUUCUCAGCUUCAGCUCCCUCUCCCUCUCCCCCUCCCCCUCCACCCCUUUUUUCUUCAGGAACAUCAUCCUCCACAAUUAAGAAUUCACAUUCAGCUCUCCCUUCUCCUCCACAUUCACUAGUUGCUAGCUCAGGACUUCCUCCACCUCCUCCUGCCCCAUCUCCUGGGUCUGUAACAGGCCAUUCCGGCGUUGCUAAAGUGCCACCACCACCUCCUCCUCCAAGUUCUGCUCAAAACUCAUCUAACAAUUUGGGCCCUUCUAGUGUUGAUAAAGUACCACCACCUCCUCCUCCUCCAAGUUCUGCUCAAAACUCAUCUAACAGUUCUGCAUGUGCUCCUCCUGUGCCACCACCUCCUGCUCCUUGUGCCAAAGGAUUGUCAAGCUCCCCCGCCACUUCAUCACCAUCUCCUGCUGCGCCUCCAGUUCCUGGACCACCUUCUGGUGCUCGAUUUGGAUCUCCUGCUGCGCCUCCAGUUCCUGGACCUGCUGCGCCUCCAGUUCCUGGACCUGCUGCACCUCCAGUUCCUGGACCACCUGGCGCAAAGGGGCGAGGCCUAUUACGUUCAAGUCAAAGAAUUCAGGGUCAACCUAGAAGGGCCAAUCUGAAACCAUAUCAUUGGUUAAAAUUAACUAGAGCCAUGCAAGGAAGUCUAUGGGCUGAGACACAAAAAUCUGAUGAAGCUUCCAUGGCUCCAGAAAUUGACAUGUUAGAACUUGAGAGGCUUUUCUCAGCAGCUGCACCAGCUAGUCAAGGAGGGGGGAAGUCAAAUCGCCGCACCUUGGGAGCUAAGCCUGAUAAAGUUCAGCUGAUUGAGCUUAGACGGGCAUAUAAUUGUGAGAUCAUGCUUUCGAAGGUUAAAAUUCCUCUAGCUGACCUAAUGAGUUCACUCCUUGCCCUGGAUGAUUCAACUCUAGAUGUUGAUCAAGUUGAUAACCUUAUCAAGUUCUGUCCAACAAAAGAAGAGAUGGAAUUGCUCAAGGGUUAUAAUGGAGAUAAAGAAAACUUGGGAAAAUGUGAACAGUUCUUCUUAGAGUUGAUGAAAGUGCCACGGGUAGAGUCAAAACUAAGAGUUUUUUCAUUUAAGCUGCAAUUCGAUCACCAGGUUUCUGAUCUCAGACGCAAUUUAAAUAUUGUAAAUUCAGCUGCUGAAGAGAUCAGGAGCUCAGUCAAGUUGAAAAGGAUCUUGCAAACUAUUCUUUCCCUGGGUAAUGCUUUGAACCAGGGAACUGCAAGGGGUUCUGCUGUUGGAUUUCGGCUGGACAGUCUUCUCAAACUCACAGAUACUCGAGCUCAGAAUAACAAGAUGACUCUCAUGCAUUAUCUCUGUAAGGUACUUGCUGACAAGCUUCCAGAACCGCUGGAUUUUCCAAAGGACCUCAUGAGUUUGGAGGCUGUGACCAAAAUACAAUUGAAAUAUUUGGCAGAGGAAAUGCAAGCAGUUAGUAAAGGGCUGGAGAAAGUUGUGCAGGAAUUGAGUGCAUCAGAGAAUGAUGGUCAUGUGUCGGAACAGUUUUGCAAGAUCCUAAAGUCAUUCCUCAGUUCUGCUGAAAGUGAAGUGAGAUCUUUGGCUUCACUUUAUUCUACUGUGGGUAGAAAUGCAGAUGCAUUGGCCCUUUAUUUUGGGGAAGAUCCUGCUCGUUGCCCAUUUGAGCAAGUUGUAUCUACUCUGCUCAAUUUUGUUAGGAUGUUUAGUCGAUCCCAUGAGGAAAACAUCAAGCAGAUCGAAAUUGAAAAGAAAAAGGCAGAUAAGGAAGCCGAGAGUGAAAGGUUGAAGAUGAAUGCUUCCAAAAAGGAGUCUGAAAACUUGCCGUCUCCCACCAGGACUGGGAAUAUCAAAUGAUCUAGUACUAUAUACUUAGUCUAUUGAACGUAGCAGAAGUGGUUCUCAUGUAGAUAAGCGUCAUUAUAUGCUGAUGGUUGAACACCCAUUUCAAUGGCCUAGGCACAACUUUAAACAGGCAAUGGCAUAGGGAAAAAAAAAAAAGAAUUUGCAGCAAGAACAUGCAGUCAAGGAAAA